AUGGGCUACCUACGGUCUAUCUUACCCGCAACCAUGAGUGCGACUGACCUCCGCCCAGGUGCCGCAAGCCAGCUCCCCCAAUUCUUCUCUGCUGUUCACCUGCCUCCUCCGUCUUCUCCUCCUCCUCCUCUCCUCCUCCUCGCCGACCUGCUCACCCCGCAGACUGUGCCACCCCGCCAGCUCGCCUGCGCACACACCCCGCGACGUCGUCGGCAUCGGAAGCAAUCGGCGCACCACAAGCGCAAGCCUCGAACCGGAGCUGAAGUGCGAGCGUCCAUGCUCCUCUACACCGACCCGAGCCUGGCCGAGGUCCCAGGCUUUUCCCAAGAGCAAUUGGAUGCCUUGGCCCGGAGCGUCGAGCAGCGGCGGCAGCAGCUCGAGAGCGACAUCAACAACUACAUCCAGCGCCAGCAAACGGCGUUGCGCAACCAUGAACAAGAGCUCGUAGAACACUACCGCUCCAUGGACUACGAUGCGAAGUCGGGGUCUGCGGAUAAAACCCGCGUGGGAAAUACCGAAGGCGUAGCCAGCAGACCAGGCAUGGCCGCGGUCUCUGUGCAUAGCCAGCAGCAGGAGCCGAUACAGUCACGGUCACGGUCAGAAUCACCUCACUCAGACUCACCGUCAGCGCCGCGGUCGCCGUCUGACGCGAGGGCGGCGCCGGAAGAAAAGGCUAAACGCACCAAGCACACGCGAGUCCAAAAACGCGAAAAGGAACUCUACGGCCUCGUCACCCCCGUCUUUCUCCCACUGCUCGACGCACGCGAGACGUCGCCCACGAUUCCCAAGGACAAGAAGCAGCAGCCCAGGGCGGAGCGAGCAGCCGACGUCGCAUCCACCGUCACUGGCGCACAGGCGGCUCCCCCGUCAAGAGAUGGUGAUAAGACGGCCAAAGAAGCCCGCAAGACCCGCAAGGAAAGCAGGGACAUGGACAUGACGGCCCAUGGCCAGCCAGCCAAGGACCAGCAACCCGACGCAGUCAAGAAAGUCAAGCGGUCCAUUAUCAAAAAGUCGUCGCUGCGUCACAAGGACACGCCCAGGUCGCGGCGCAAAAGAGUCAGUCUGGUCAUUGAUGGCCAGACUGUCCUCCCGGCAGACAGCGUCGUCGAACCUGCCCUCACCUCGCCGAGCAGUGAAGCCACGUCGGCUUCCAACUCGACAGCCUCUCUCGACGACAUGAUCGACCCGCGGCUCACCAGACCAGACUCGUCCGUCCACCUUUCGCAAAACCACGCAGUACACCACAGUCUCCCACUGACAAUGUCAAGGUACACCCACGCCCCCGUCUCUUACAAGCCAGUUUCCCAACCAAUUCCCACCCCGGCCGUCGUCGAAGCCACGUCGCCUCCCGCACAACUGCAUUCCCCGCGCUCCCCAAACCUUGCCUUCACCGGGACCGCGCCGAAAACUCUAACGCGCACGUUCCUCGACCCCUCCCCUCUGCCUCCCGCCACCGUUCCCGACACCGACAUUGCAGCCCUCGACGCAGCCUCGGAACCCGCAUCCCAAGACCCCGCCAACAACCAGCACGACGAUCCGCAGUGGCACACGUAUGUCGGCGGUCUGCACGGCUCCGGUGUCGACAACCUGGACCAGGCGGGCAGCUAUGGCUAUCCGAGCUCGCUGGGCGCCAGCUACCUCGAGAGUUAUAUGCAAAACCGGCCGUUGAGCGUGCGCAUGGUGGCGGCGGACAAGGCGGGGCUGGACGAGAGGGAGAAGAGGGGUGAUGAGGACGGGGACGAGGAUGUGGACGAGGAAUUCGGAAUGGAGAUUCCCAGUCGGAAGAGCGAGAAUGACGGCGAUGUGGAUAUGGACAUGGACAUGGACAUUGUGGGCAGUAUGGACGACUUUUAA